CAGGAACAUCUUUUAAUACGUUACAGUUUUAUUUUACACUCUCUAAAUUUUUAUUUGUGUACACAUUGAAAAUUUUUUUACUUAUUUGUACAUAGUGUCUAUAUUUUGUAUGUGUUACACUAGGCCUAUAUAUCCAUCUUAUAUACUUUGCUUUGGAAAGGCUUAAAACUCGUUAAUAUCCCAAUUUUUCAAUCCCCUCCCAACAGAUUGCCGAAACUUACGCCUUUUUGCCUCGGGAGGCCGUCACUCGAUUUUUGAUGGCCUGCUCCGAUUGUCAGAAGCGUAUGCACGUCGUCGGCGGCGCGGAAAACGGCGGGAAGGAAAAAACGCCGUCUACCGUUCGUUCUGACGCCUACAGCAAAUACCAUAACGAACCCGUUCGACGUUUAACGGAAGAAAAUCUUAACGAAUUCGCCAAGGACGCUAAAUUAUCUCAAAUCUCCGAUCCAAACGUACCUUUUACAUUGGCCUAUCUUAAUGAUCAAAAGCAAAGAAUGAUGAGACAAGCCGUGUUUCCCGGCAUGGUGCCCGCUUUAGGAACGAAUAACACUGGAAAUAUUUACAAAACUGAAGAGGAAAGUAUGUCUACCAUUGAAAGUUGUGACGAUAAAAGCCUUGUGAACUGUAACAGUCCUCAGAUCGAUGAUAAGAUAAAUACGGGACAGCAGAAUACCGCAUCGAAUUCAGAUACGCCAUCUGCCGAGAAUAGUAGAACUCCAACGCCAGUUAAGUCGCCACCUACCAGCCAAAAGCCAUGUAAGAGAAGAGCAAGCGAUGAAAUUAGCGUUGAUAGCUCGUCAAAAGCGAGUGAAGCUACUCUUACGCUAGAAGAAGAAGAGGAGGAGGAAGAGGAAGACGAAAAACUAUGCUCGUCGGGCAUAGAUACACAAAGGCUCAAAGCAUUCAACAUGUUCGUUCGUUUGUUUGUCGAUGAAAACCUUGAUCGAUCUGUACCAAUAUCGAAACAACCAAAGGAGAAAAUCCAAGCCAUUUUGGAAGCUUGCCAACGUCAAUUUCCGGAAUUUCAGGACCGUUCAAGAAAACGAAUUAGAACUUAUUUAAAAUCCUGUAGACGACUUAAGCAGCCUAAAGAUAGCCGUAUGGAUUUAAUGCGACCCGGUCAUCAUUUAGUUUCUCCGGAAGCAGAAAGCCUUUUGGCACAAGCAUGCGAGAAUGAAGCAAAUAAUGCAAAACGAAUGAGAAUGGGAUUGGAUCCGAUUUCGACAGCGCCUCCUGUCUCUCAAUCCCUUCACACCUCGUUACCUACGGCGACAACGACCACAACUUUAGCAACAACUACAGCAUCAAUUCAAUCAAUUACUCAAAAUUCAACUCCAUUUAUUCAAGCCGACUUCUCGUCACCAUUUUCAACGGCUUUUCCUAAUAAUUCAUUCUUUCGACCGCCAUUUAAUGAGUUUUGUCCACCUUCGCAGAAUUCACUACCCUUUCCAAUUCAAAACGGACCAACUGAUUUAUCGUUGAAAAGAAACUCAAAACGCUCUCUUACAUCUCCCGAAGUAACUACCAUAAAGAGUCUGGUUGCGGGCUAUAGAGAAUCGGCAGCUUUUCUGGCAAGAUCAGCCGACGAAUUGGAGCAAUUACUUUUCCAUUCAAGCUAGAAGAAGUAAAAUGUCCAGUUUCAUCGAAGAAAGAGUUAUUUAUUUAUAUAUAUAUAUUUAUAUAUCUAGGAUAUACACACAAACACACAAAAUUCAACAUUAUACAAGUACAUUUUAUGUAAUUAGAUUUAUCGGAAAGUUACACUUAUAAGCGAUUUCCUUAUACAUAACAUAUCAUAAAGAAUUAUGUAUAGAAAAUUAAAGCAAUUGUAUAUAUUAAUUAUAAAAGCAGAACCAAUUUUAAAUAUUUGAAACAAUGAUUCACAUCAAACUUGUUGUUUUUGUUGUUGGGAUUAGGGUGUUCUAGUGGUCCAAAUCGUUAUGUUGUAUGAAUUAAAAUGAGUCAACAUAAAAUGACGUAAUAAAAGCAAUUCAUUU